UUUUGGGGGUAAAAGGAUGCUGAGGGAGGGGUGGUAUCCUCAGAUGGAAGAGUUUAGAUUUGGUCUCAUCUUCCAGCCAGACAUUCAAAAGAUCAGGAGGGGGAACGAAGCUGAGUACAGGCAGUUCAAGCAUCUCAGCUGACUGGGAAUUAAAGUACAUUAUUCCCCUUCCCUUCUCUGUCAGUUCAGUGGGUUAAGGGCUUUCCCAGUUUCAAGACUGUUCCUCUGUGGAUUUUGGUGUGGAAAGAAAAAAUACCUGUGAAGUUCUAGGAAUAUCAUGCUUGAAUGGCAUGGGGAUAGAAUGUCUGCAGGGAGCAUCUUUCUGGCAUGAGAGAUCCAUGCAGUGCCCACUCCCACUGAGAGAGAGCCUCUGCAGAAUGUAUGGCAAAUGGAACACAGUAGAACACAUUCAGGUUGGUGAAUGCCUAUAUAUUCUCUGGCUAUCAAGCUUAAUUUGUAAGUAUAAAUAUAAUAACUGUUGUAAUUUACAUUUGCCAGAUUUGUUACACUCUCAAAUAAGUGUAUUUCUCGCAUUGCUCAGAAACUAGCUCCUCUCAGUAAGAGCACAGUCGCUGGCAUCAACUUCAGCUCUCUUGCACAUCUACCCUUUCAGGACCCACCCUGGUUUUUUUUCUCCUCUUUUGAAAAUGCAGAGGGUUUUGAUACUACAUAACCAAAAUAACCUCUGAUAGGUCAGCAGGAAGGUUAAGAAUCUGAAGCAAGGCCAGCUGUUUGUUGCAGUGGAGAGACCCUAAUUGGACAGAGCAAAUUCCAGCCUCAGGAUUGCCAGGUUCCUCUCUGUGUCCCUCCCCUUGUCAGGAUAUUACCUUGGUUAUUCUGAACUAGCCAUAAGCUUACACAGGCAUUACAGAAAAACAGAAUGGGUGGAAAACACUUUCCAAUACAUGCAUAUAUGUACAGAUAACUACAACUCUUCUGAUUUUCAUUUGAGAAAAUCAAAAAUGUUUUUAUUAGUCUCACCAACCUGGGAUCUCUCCCUUCCCUCAUCUAUAAAUGCCACUCACAAUGCAUAAGAUAUCAGAACCAAAAAAUACAUCAGAGCUGAUGGAUUUCCAUGAAAACUUUUGAUAAUGAGAAAAGCAAAACUGCAGUAUGCUAAGGCAGACCAAGAUGGGAGAUCCUGCUGGUCAUCUCAUUUGUCACUCCAGAACAGGAGGGUUCCCUCCAGGUCACUGUGUAGUGCUUUGCUUAGUAAAUGGAUUGGUUUAGCUAAGUCUAAUACAGUGAUGACCUCACCAGUAUUCACCCUGCUCCAAUGUUAUUCUGAAGGCAGGAGAGUGGAAGACACAGAAGUCUACUUGGAAUAUGAACUAAAUGACUAUUUUGAGCAAAGUUUUUGCUUGAGAAAUACACAUUUGCUCAGCAAAACAAAAACCACUUUUAAGGGUUGUUCUUGGUGGAAGUCGCCCUAUGCCCUAUCACCCGCUUGAGUGAAACCAGACUAAGAACUUCUGUCAUGGCAGCUUUUCUGCUGGGAGCUGUGUUGCUUAUUGUUCAACCUCAGAUAGUGCCUUCCAGACCAGCUAUAAAUUCAAAUGCUGAGACUUCUUCUCAGUCUGUGCAGAGAGAGCUUUUAAGGAAAACAUCUCAGAAAAAUGACUUCAAGGAAAACAUUCAUUCUAAUGGAUCAUGUCAGCAGCUGCCACAGACUAUUAUUAUUGGAGUGAGAAAAGGUGGAACAAGAGCUUUGUUAGAGAUGUUGAGUCUCCAUCCAGAUAUUGCAGCAGCAGAAAGUGAAGUUCACUUCUUUGACUGGGAAGAUCAUUACAGGAAUGGAUUGCAGUGGUAUAUUAAUCAAAUGCCAUUCUCGUAUCCCCAUCAGAUCACCGUGGAAAAAACUCCAGCAUAUUUCACAUCACCUAAAGUGCCUGAAAGAGUUUAUAACAUGAACCAAUCCAUGAGACUACUCCUUAUUUUAAGAGACCCAAGCGAGAGAGUACUGUCAGAUUAUACCCAAGUGUUCUACAACCACAUGCAGAAGCACAAACCGUACCCAUCAAUUGAGCAAUUCCUGAUAAAAAAUGGUGAACUCAAUGUGGACUACAAGGCAAUAAACAGAAGCUUAUACUACAUUCACAUGCAGAACUGGCUGAAGUAUUUUCCUCUUGACCAUAUCCACAUUGUAGAUGGGGAUAAACUAAUCAAAGAUCCCUUUCCAGAAAUAGAAAAGGUAGAGAGAUUUCUGAAGUUAUCACCGCAGAUAAAUGCUUCAAACUUUUAUUUCAAUAAAACCAAGGGGUUCUACUGCCUGAGGGACAGUGGUAGAGAGCGCUGUUUACAUGAGUCCAAAGGACGAGCGCACCCACAAGUAGACACCCGGUUACUGGAGAAACUGCAGGAAUAUUUCCAUGAACCCAACAAGAAGUUUUUUGAGCUUGUGGGUAGAACAUUUGACUGGCACACAUUUGUGGCAAGUUAGUGGUAAGCUUCAGAACCUAUGUUCCAGUGUACAGUUAGAAGAAGAUUUAAAAAGGGCAUUUAAGCUAUUAUUUAUUUGUAAAAUCCAUAAAUACUUCUGUACAGUAUUAGAUUCACAAUUGCCAUAUAUACUAGUUAUAUUUUUCUACUUGUUAAAUUUGAAAGCAUUUUGUAUUGUUUUUCAUGGUUGUUAACAUUGUGUAUGAUGUGUCUAUAUGAAGAAACUAAAUUAUUUCAUUGCAGAAGGUGCUCUCUUGAGAAUGUGUUGUCUUUUUAAUAAAUAAGAAAUUCAUUUCAACAGAACAUUUCUGAAUUAUUUGAAUACUUUAGCCUUCUUGGACUAUUUUCUCUAAUUGCUAAUGAAUAUGAUUAAUUUUACCUUUCCAUUUUUCUUAGUUUAAAGUGUGGAUUAAUAAUUUCUUUUCCAUUUGAAAAUAUAUUGUAGUUAACAAACUGUUCAAUCCUGCUUUAUGAAAUUAUUUCCUGUCAAAGUGGUGGUACUUACACACAUUGGGAAAUGCACACCCAAAGGACAAUGUAAGUCUCUGUGUAAUUUGAUAUAUUAACUGCUAUACUUAACAUUCAUAUUCACUGUUAUAACAAGUGUUCCUCAAUUCUUUGGCAGUACAGUGCAGGUUUCAUGGCAGAUUUUUAAAGAUUCUGUGGGGACCAGCUCAUAAAAUACAGUUAGCUGUAGAAAUAUGGUCAACCUGAAAACUUCCAGUCUCUGAAUGUAUGCAUACUUCAUAAAGAGGUAUGAUUGAGAGAAUUUAAGCAAUAUAGAGACUUUUUUCAAGGCUGCUUUUGACUGUUCCUACAUUUCAUAGCACAUUUAUGCUUUACCAUCACUGAAAAUAAACACACCAGAAAAAUUAGUUGCCUACAUUUCAGUAAGCAGCAACUUCAUUCAUAUAAAUAUUACCACAUUUGUCCCCUGCUUAAGGCUGCUUUCUAUGAGUUUUCAGUUGCUUCAUGCAACUGCAAAUUGCCUAUGGACUACUAUUUGUUUAAUCUCCUUCCAAGAACCACGACACCAGGUCUUGAUUAGAUGUGUGUUGUGGGAUUAACCCAAAUUCCAGGAACUUGCCUUGUUUUCCAUCUGCUAAAAAUGAGAGAUGUUAGUACAUUGGUAAAAACUACAGCUGUCCUUAUCUACAGUGGUUAUGAUGUCUUGUUAACCAUCAGUGUCUGGAGUUAGAGUUAAUCCAGUUUCCACACAAGGCUUCUCAAAGUGCUUUCAAUCCAAGCUACUGGUUUUUAUUUCAUGAUCUUGAGUUUAGUUGUUGAAUGUGCAAUGGCAACACCCAGUAAAUUUGAACUUGUAGCUGAUUGUUACAAUUCUUUAUAAAAUUUAAAUGUAGAUUCAUUCAUUUUUUUCUGGUGAGCAAGUGCAAACUUGGGCACUAUAACAAGGUAUCAUUUGGAUGCAGAUAUCCCAUAUUAUGCCUUUUGCAUGAAAAUUUGCAAAUGCUGUCCCUCUCUCUCCCGCUCCUUGUGCACCUGCCCAAGCUGUAUUCAACCUCAGAGAGGUUGGCGGUGUUUUAUAAAGCCUACAAUGAAAUGGUAUUGUACUCAAUAAAAUAUUUUCUGAAUUGCA